GAGGUGUGGGAUGAGAGGAGGUGCGAGUGUGGUAUCUGGCGGCAUUGGGGGCGUGGCCGCCAAGCAUGAGGUUCAAGGCGUUGAGGGAGGCAUGCAAAGGCAACAGAGGGCACGGGACACCUGCUGUGAAGUUUCUUCCAAUUCUUAAGAAGGCUGCAGUUCCGAGGUACAGUGAGGGGUUGCAGGUCCAAGGUGAGGCUUCCAGUAAAAGCUGUAGCAGCAACAGCAGCUGUGGAGGUGGCGGUAACAGUGGCGACAGUGGCAGCAGUGGCAGCAACAGCAGCUGUGGUGGUGGCGGUAGCAGUGGCGACAGUGCCAGCGGUAGCAGCAGCAGUAGCGGAAGCAGCAGCAGGAGGAAGGGAGGGGUGCUGGCUUAUUUGAAGCCAUGGCAGGGGGGGUUCAACCUGGUGGCGUGUCUGCGAGAGAUGCUGAUGGGACAGCCAUGCUACCGCCCUCCUUCCCAUGCUGCCUCUGCCACCCAUGCUGCCACAGUGAACACCUCUGCUGCUGCGUCCAACACCCUUGCUGCUGCAGUAAACACCCCUGCUGCUGCAGCAAACACCCCUGCUGCCACAAACACCCGUGCUGGUGCUGACACCCCUGCUGCUGCAGACACUUUUGCUGACACAGUAAAUGCCCCUGCUGCUGCAGUACGCACCCCUGCUGCUGCAACCAAUGCUGGUUCUGCAAGCAUUGCUGCUGUUGCAAGCACUGCUGCAAACACCCCUGCUGCUGCCACCCCAGACGUGGAAGGGCGUGUGUGUGGUGCUGCAGGAUGUGGGAAGGUGGAGGGAGACGGAGUGAAGCGGAAGAUCUGUUCCGCGUGUCGCAAGGUGACGUAUUGCAGCAGAGACUGCCAGAAGGCGCACUGGCCCUCCCACAAGCUCUCAUGCCCAGGCAGGACCAGCAAGAGGGGCGGAACGAAUGAUGACAGGGAUGGUGGCAAGGAGAGUGGUGAGGACAGUGGCAAGGGGAGCUGCAAGGGGAGCUGCAAGGGCAAUGGCAAAGGCAAAGAAAAGGUGGAAGAGUGAAGGGGAGGGUGAGGGGAAGAGGUGCAUGGAUGCUGGUGGUGGUGAAGACUGGAGCGACACACAGGAAGGACUAUCGUGUUGGAAUUUCACAUUUGAGGAAAGGAAUUGCUGAGGUAUUGCUGACGACUGUUUGGCUGGAGUGGAGUGGACAUGUGGAGAUGGAACCAAAGAGGUGCGGUAUGGUGAGAAGUUGGUGUGGCGUUGAUCGAACUUUGCUGGGAUACUGAUGUUGAAUGGGUCCUGGACCGGGUUUGCUGCUGACGUACUAGUGACGCCAUGGUCACUAGUCACUAGUCACUGGUCACUGGUGGUGUUAGUGAUGAUGGCAGGUUGAGAGCAGAUCCUGGAUCAUGACACAUCAGAUGAGGCUCUCAGCUGUACAACUUCUCAUCAUGCUCAGCUGCUUCAACUCCGUUUUCUUCAUGUGUUACCUGUUGGUGUUGCUGUACAUAGCAACUUGUCUUUUUCAGCGAACCGUGAGCAUUCUCCUGCAUAUCGUUGAUUGCUGUGAGACGGAGUUUCCACAUUGUGGCAUAUGGUAUAAUAUACCGUCCCCUCCAUU